AUGGCGUUGUCUGCUUUUGAUGCGCUCUGGAGAAUGGAAUUGCCGGGCUUCUCCACAUCGCUUCCUAUUGCGGGGUCGUAUUUUAAAGUCCUUCAACAUGCCGGACUUUCGUUGUCGGAGACUAGGGAUCGGAUCGAUAGCUUGAAGGAGCAUCAUAUUCAGCUGGAUGAACAGGGGUUUUCGAUGGCUCUGGGAGCAAUUUUGCGAUGCGACGAGCGCGUUUUGGACAAGCUGGCGGCUGGUAAGGAGUGGGUUCAGAAAAUGCGACAGGCAGGAAUACCCCUAACUGUCCAGACGUAUAAUCUUUUCGCGGGACAGCUGCGGUAUUGCAAUGAUCCGGAAAUGGUAAGUUCGUUGUUGUCAGACAUGACAACGGCUGGCGUCGUGCCUACACCAGUGACGUACGGAUUGGUAUUCAGUGCAUGUGUUAUUCCUGGCGCGUACACGUCGCCGUCGAGGAGACGUGCGUUGUCUGUGACUAUGUGGGAGAGCGUGCUCCAGGCGAUGAGUGAGCAUAUGGCCGUGUCUGGCGUCGUUCACACAGCGAAUUCGCGAUUGUCUCUUGCACGAGCAUAUGCUCAUCUAGGACUGACGGGUCCUGCGAUGGAAGAAUUCGAAAUCUUUCUCUCACAGCGAGGGGACGGGGAUUUCAAGAGCGCGGCGUCGCAACGAGAAGUUGAGGACGCAUACUUCCAGAUGAUGUUUAAUUUUGCACAUUGUCGUGAGGGUAGCUCAGACGGACCUGAGAUGGUCAUGACUCUUUACGAGCGAAUGAAGGAAGAACGAGUCGCAGUUCCAAGGCAUGCGAUUGACUGCGUUUUGGUCGGAUGCGUGCGCAAAGGGGAGGGCGAGCGAGCGUUGGAGUAUGCUCGUGAUGCAGUUGCGGCGGAUCCUCAUCUUAGACUAACCGUAUCUGGUCUCAAGCAUCUUCUGAUGGCGCAUGUUGAGGUGUGUGAUGCAAUGUACUGGGAGCGUACUAGGAAGCUUGUUUUGAAUUCGUCGGAGAUCCUGGGCAUGCCCCAACUAGCCCAUAUUGUGGAGAAAGUGGUGAUAUCGUUUGCGAGACGACAGUCCAUGGAUGUUUGCAAAGAUAUUAUGCUCAUGGCAAACAUUGAGAUGAAGGAUCUAGAAUAUGUCGUUCGGGGGCGGGAGUUUACAAGAUUUCGAGAUAGGGGAUCACAGCAAGUGGAGGGCGCGAAGAGAGGCGAGUUAUCAGAAUCAUCGCAAAAGAAAGAUACUUUAGAGGCCGGAGGCGAAGACGCAUGCCACAACCAAGAGCGGCAGUCCGGUGGGUUUGGGGACGGAUCAGUCUUGCCGUUAUUGUAA